GUUAUAAGUCCAGUAUGAAUCCAUGUUCAUCUGUAUUCCGAGUAACCAUAUAUAUAUAUAAUACAGUUAGAGCCCCUCUUCCUCCCGCCUUUUUAACUACCACCACCUCUUACUCCUUUUUAUCUGUACCCCACCAGAACAAGCAGAAUCUAGGCAGGCAAAAGGAAGUGCGCACACAGUAUUAAUAAUUUGUUCCAGUACAUGGAUACAUCCUCUCUAUAAUUUACAAUUGCAUACAUACUCCUUACCAACAAAGACAACUUUGUAUUUGAAACAUGGCAACAGAAACACACAUGGGCGGCGAUGGCUUGCCCAACCUGAUUCAUAUCCAUGAUUCCCUUAUUGAGAUUGCAUAUAAGGCUGGGAAGAUUAUUAUGGGUGCUCUUCCAACUGCAGAUGGCACUGGAUCGAAGAAGAACAGUGCGGACCUUGUCACCGAAUAUGACCGUGCUGUCGAAGAGAUGAUAUCAGCAUCCCUGAAGGAAAAAUACCCAGAUUACCAGUUCCACGGGGAAGAGACGUAUGACCCAGCUCGUCCCUUGACCGCCGCUCCAACAUUUGUGAUUGACCCGAUCGAUGGGACAAUUAAUUUCGUGCAUGGCUUCCCUCAUGCCUGUAUUUCCCUCGGGUUCGCCAUUGAUCGGAUCCCCGUGGUGGGUAUCGUAUACAAUCCGUUCGAUAACACCCUUUACUCUGCGAUUCGUGGCCAAGGGGCUUUUCUUAAUCGCAAUGUCCAACUUCCACUCAAGGGAGCAGAUCUAGAGCCGUUGCAGGGCUUGCAAGAUUCCCUCAUCGCUGUUGAAUGGGGAUCUGAUAGAAAAGGGAAGAACUGGGAAACGAAGGUACGGACCUUUGAGAAGCUUGGUCAAGCUAAGGAAGACGGUGGUGCAAUGGUUCGCUCGAUGCGUAGCAUGGGCUCCGCAGCACUCAACCUUUGUGCUGUGGCCGCCGGCACUCUUGAUUUGUACUGGGAAGGUGGUUGUUGGGCGUGGGAUGUCUGUGCUGGCUGGGUCAUUCUCACUGAGGCUGGUGGUAUCAUGGUUGAUGGGAAUCCCGGCGGCUGGCAGGCCAUCCUUGACGGAAGGACCUACCUUGCUGUUAGAGCAUCUCCACACCAGAUUGGUCAAAAAGAACUUGUUGAGGAAUUCUGGGGGAAUAUCCAGGGACAGCUUGAGUAUUGACAUAUUCGAUAAGCUGACUCAACCGAUGGGCUGGCCAAGGAUCAGGCUCUCCCGAUCCUAAAAGUGAGAAGAGGGGAGAUCGGACUGCGGUCUGAGGAACUAAUAGUUAUUAUGAUUCUUUGACGCAUAUACAAGGGAGGAGAAAGGUCCCAAGGUGUUAAUGUAUGUACAAAUAACCAACAGCAUAAAGGGGAACCAGGUUGGGAGAGGGGGGUGG